UAUGAUUACUCAAUUAUUCAGACAUCUCACUAUCUCAGUUGACCAUUUGACCUUACCUCAUUUCUCCUCUCCACUAAAUACCCCUAUUCUAGAAUCUCCUUGCCUUCUUCCAUUUUUUCUAUAAGCUAAGCUAUGCUAAAUUUUACCCAAAAAUAAGAAAUUCUGUUCAAAGGAAACUGAAAUUCAAGAAUUUUUCUUGUUUUGAUGGGCUUGACUUUUGCCUUGGUUGAACUUCCAAUUAAUCCAUGGCCAAUCUUGUUGCCUUAACUCCUUUUAGUAUUGCUACUGUUAUCAGAUUCCGCAUUACCCGUUUCCACCUUCUCCUUAUCUUCCUCCAUUCCCUCUUAUAAGUCCUUUUUGAAAGGAUAUUCUUUUUCACUAUCUUUUAUUUGGUUACGUGGAAUAUUCAAAGAGAUUUGGAAUUUCCUCUGACCCGUUUAGAAAAGUUGCAUCUUUUUUGGAUACUCUUUAUCAAAAUUUGAACUUUUCUUUCUGGAUCACGAAAAUUCAGAUCUUUUUUUACAAUCCAAGAUUCAGAUAAAUCUUGAGCAUAUUAUACAAAUAUUGGAAAAAUUACACAAUCUUUUUAGUAAAAAAAAAAAAAGAAGAAGAAAAAAGAACCAAUUUUAAGUGGAAAUGGCAUCAGUAUUUUUGUACCAUGUGGUGGGGGAUCUGACAGUGGGGAAGCCAGAGUUAGUGGAAUUUAGUGAGACACAAACAGUGGAGGCUGCAAUUAAGGCAAUUGGGGAGUCUACAGAAUGUGGUAUACCAGUGUGGAAGAUGAGAUCUCAGAAGAGUGUAAUUGAGAAUGCAGAAAUGAGGGCAAAAAGGUUUGUGGGUAUUUUGACUUCACUUGAUAUUGUUGCAUUCUUGGCCAGAGAGGAAUGUUUGGUGGAUCAGGAGAAAGCUAUGAAGACUCCUGUUUCUGAGGUUGUGGUUCCUGAUCCUUCUUUGCUCAAGGAGCUUGAUCCUGCCACAAGAUUGAUAGAUGCUCUGGAGAUGAUGAAGCAAGGUGUGAAGCGACUCCUAGUUCCUAAAAUUGUUGUAUGGCGAGGCAUGAGCAAGAGAUUUUCAAUUCUUUACAAUGGCAAAUGGCUAAAGAACAUUGAUACUUCAAAUCCUGCUGCCAAUGCCAACCGACCGUCACCUUCUUCGUCUACAACCAUUCGUGACAAAUUUUGUUGUCUAUCAAGAGAAGAUAUCAUCCGUUUCAUUAUUGGUUGCCUUGGUGCAUUAGCCCCUAUCCCUCUCUCCUCUAUUUAUUCCCUUGGAGUCAUUAACCCAAACUACUGCUCAAUAGAAGCAUCACGUCAAGCGAUUGAUGCCACUCAAACACUGCCAAGGGACCCCCCUGCGGUUGCAGUCAUCGAGCCUGUUGCAGAUGAUUACAAUAAAAUCAUUGGCGAGAUAUCUGCCACUAAACUGUGGAAGUGUGAUCAUUUGGCUGCAGCGUGGGCCUUGGCUAAUUUUUCGGCAGGACAAUUUGUGAUGGGGGUUGAGGAUAAUAUUACCUUAAAAUCCCUACCUGAUUUUGCAGCCAAUUCUAUGGUAGCAAAUACAAAUACAGCCAAUAGUCGUGGUACGACUAGGCCAAAAAAAUUUAGCAGCAGGAGUAUUGGGUUCGUCAGCAAUCCAACAAACCCAAAUUUAUGUUUUUCUAGGAGCAUGUAUCGGGGCAGAAGUGCGCCAUUGACUUGUAAAGAAACAAGCUCACUGGCUGCUGUCAUGGCUCAGAUGUUGUCACAUCGGGCAACUCAUGUUUGGGUUACUGAUGCCGAGAAUGAGGACCAUUUAGUUGGAGUUGUUGGUUAUGCUGAUAUCUUGGCUGCUGUUACCAAACCACUUCCUCCUACCAAUCCCGAAACUCAGACAUCUUGAGAUUCCAUCAUCAUUUUCUCUUCAUUUUUGUUGUUGCCUCCUGCUCCAGUGUGCAGAUUGACAAGGGCAGAAAGUUGGUACAUGGGCUGUCAGUUUACAUUUAUGCUUUUCUGUGUUUCUUUUCUUGUUUUGCAUCUGUUUUGAGGUUUAGAUUUGUUAAUGGGAGAACAAUGUGUUGUACACUCUAAAUGUGAAUAUGUUAUGUGGUGUCUGGUUUAAUAAAUUAAAAGAUGGAAAUUGAACAAUUUGUUCUCUA